AUUUUCUCUUAAAAAAAAAUCCAUUAUAAAUACAGAACCCUAACACUCUUGUUCCGUUGCUGACUCAGAAAAAAAAUCUCCAAACUCCGAGAAAAUCUCCAAAUUCCCAAGUUUGUUUCUUCUUUUUCAUCUCACAACUUCAUCUAUUUCCAACGAACCCUUAUUAUCUUUUUUUUUUCCUUCUCUUUAUCGGUGAGAUCGAUCACAACACCAGCAAAUAGUAUCUGAUAAUCUGAGAUCUUUCUUUAAACAUCAAUGGCGUCUUCGUCAGGGCUGGCUCGAUCGGGAAGCGUCCACCUUGACGAGAAGUGGAAACUGUCCAAGAAAGACGGCGGCGCGUCGAGGAUCACGCGCUCUUCGUCGACCUCAUCUUCUGCCUUCAACGGCAAGAAACAGGGGAGAUGUGCUUUUACGAGGAAGUGUGCGAGAUUGGUUAAAGAACAAAGAGCUCGUUUCUACAUCAUGCGUCGCUGCGUUAUCAUGCUCAUCUGCUGGAGAGAUAAUUACUCCGAUUCUUGAAAAAAAACAAAACAGAACACAAAUCUCACUUUAUCUCUGUUUCUAUGUUCUGAAACCGAAGUAGAUAGAUAUACAUGUACAUAAAGGGGUUCUAUGUUCUUUUGGUUUCUGUACUUGUUUUAGAUCAAAAUUUUAGAUUUGUUAUGGUUUCUUUGGUUUAAAGAAGCUCUCUGUUUCAGUGUGAAGAUGUUUUCGGAAAAAUAAAAUAAAAAAAGGAACUGAACAAAAUUGUAUGAUAAUAAGUUGAUGAUAUAAAGUAGUGAAAUUAGAUUCGUCUUUGGA